AAACCAACCUCUCCUGCCCUGAGUGGAUAGGUAGGGUUAGGGUUGCCAGAUGUCACGAAGUUACAGGAUGCUCAGUUUUAAGGUAUAUCCCUUAUACUAUAAGGGUUAUAGUAAAAAAUAUUCAUUAUGUGAAAUUCAAAUAUAACUGGGUAUCAGGUAUUCUACGUGGCAACCCUAGGUAGGGGAGCACGGGUUAGGCAAGAGAUUAGAUCUGCAGCCUCCAAAGUUUCUGCACCUCCAUGGGACACUAGAACAGGAAGGCUCCUGGGCCUUUCUGGCUGUGGGAAUGAAGCCUGGAAAACCUUCCUUAGGCGGGCGCAGUGCUUCAAGUAGCCAAGCUCUGACUUCCGAAGGAAGAAAGGAGGCCAUGGGCCUCUGCCAGAGCCCUGCUCUGGACUCUGGGGUCAGCAGAGUUCAAAACGACCGGCAACGUCUGGCGCUUAGCUCCUAAAGAGGUCUACAGUCCAGCGGCGACGGCCAGCGGCUAGAGGAUGUCUGCCCGACUCCAAGAUGGCGCCCGCCACAGCUGCCAGGUGUUAAGAUGGCGACGCGGGGCCGCGCCCGCGCUCCCAGGCUCUCCUCCCCCAACCUUCCUGCGGCUGGCAGCACGACUCGCGUAGCCGUGCGCUGAUUGCCUUUCGGCCUAGGCAGUGGUCCCGGCUGCCGGUCGACGACCGCCCCGAGUCAUGCGGCUCCUCGGUUGGUGGCAAGUACUGCUGUGGGUGCUGGGGCUUCCCGUCCGCGGCGUGGAGGUUGCAGAGGAAAGUGGUCGCUUAUGGUCAGAGGAGCAGUCUGCUCACCCUCUCCAGGUGGGGGCUGUGUACCUGGGUGAGGAGGAGCUCCUGCAUGACCCGAUGGGCCAGGACAGGGCAGCAGAAGAGGCCAAUGCGGUGCUGGGGCUGGACACCCAAGGCGAUCACAUGGUGAUGCUGUCUCUGAUUCCUGGGGAAGCUGAGGACAAAGUGAGUUCAGAGCCUAGCGGCGGCACCUGUGGUGCUGGAGGAGAGGAGGACUCAAGGUGCAACCUCCGAGAGAGCCUUUUCUCUCUGGAUGGUGCUGGAGCACACUUCCCUGACAGAGAAGAGGAGUAUUACACAGAGCCAGAAGUGGCGGAAUCUGACGCAGCCCCGACAGAGGACUCCAAUAACACUGAAAGUCUGAAAUCCCCAAAGGUGAACUGUGAGGAGAGAAACAUUACGGGAUUAGAAAAUUUCACUCUGAAAAUUUUAAAUAUGUCACAGGACCUUAUGGAUUUUCUGAACCCAAACGGUAGUGACUGUACUCUAGUCCUGUUUUACACCCCGUGGUGCCGCUUUUCUGCCAGUUUGGCCCCUCACUUUAACUCUCUGCCCCGGGCAUUUCCAGCUCUUCACUUUUUGGCACUGGAUGCAUCUCAGCACAGCAGCCUUUCUACCAGGUUUGGCACCGUAGCUGUUCCUAAUAUUUUAUUAUUUCAAGGAGCUAAACCAAUGGCUAGAUUUAAUCAUACAGAUCGAACACUGGAAACACUGAAAAUCUUCAUUUUUAAUCAGACAGGUAUAGAAGCCAAGAAGAAUGUGGUGGUAACUCAAGCCGACCAAACAGGCCCUCUUCCCAGCACUUUGAUAAAAAGCGUGGACUGGUUGCUUGUAUUUUCCUUAUUCUUUUUAAUUAGUUUUAUUAUGUAUGCUACCAUUCGAACUGAGAGUAUUCGGUGGCUAAUUCCAGGACAAGAGCAGGAACAUGUGGAGUAGUGAUGGACUGAAAGAAGUUGGAAAGAGGAACUUCAAUCCUUCGUUUCAGAAAUUAGUGCUACAGUUUCAUACAUUUUCUCCAGUGACAUGUUGACUUGAAACUUCAGGCAGAUUAAAAGAAUCAUUUGUUGAACAACUGAAUGUAUAAAAAAAUUAUAAACUGGUGUUUUAACUAGUAUUGCAAUAAGCAAAUGCAAAAAUAUUCAAUAGAGUGCACUAUUCUUGAUUUUACUGCAUGAACGUAAUCCAGUAUUUGAAAAGUAAUCCAGUUUGAAAUGUGAAGACGUAUUCUGGUAGAAUAGUGAGUAGAAUGACAUGCUUACUAUACAGAAGGCAAAAAUAGGACUCUCAGAUAAUAGUUUAAGGAAACCCUUGAUUCCUUAUAUAUGUUUAAGAAGGUUAGUUUUCUGUUUCUUUCCAGUUUUUCUUCUAGAGUCCAUAGCAGGAAAGUAUGUAACCAGAAUUGGUUAGUGUGACCCUCUCAAGUAGCAAGUGAUGGAAAAUAAGAGUCAAAUACCUUGAUGUUUGUGAUCUCUACUUUCACUCAAAAAAUUUGAAGUGUUUUAAGUUGUUUCUGGGUAAGGGAGAUGUUAGGAGAAAGGAAAUGCUAUAACUAAAGCUCAAUUAUUAUCAGUUCUAUGCUAAUGUAUACAUUUUAAUCAUAGUUAAGCAGCAUGCAUUAAUUGAACCUUAAAAUGUUCCCAGCAGGCUGGGCGUGGUGGCUCACGCCUGUAAUCCCAGCACUUUGGGAGGCCGAGGAGGGAAGAUCACUUGAGGUCAGGAGUUUUGAGACCAGCCUGGCCAACUUGGUGAAACCCUGUCUCUACGAAAAAUACAAAAAAUUAGCUGGGUGUGGUGGUGGGCGCCUGUAAUCCCAGCUACUUGGGAAGCUGAGGCAUGAGAAUCACUUGAACCCAGGAGGCAGAGGUUGCAGUGAGCUGAGAUCACGCCACUACACUCCAGCCUGUGCAACAAGAGCGAAACACCAUCUCCAAAAAAAGAAAAAAAAAAGAAAAAGUAUUGAAGUGUAAAACACUGUUCUUGCCCACAAGUUGAUUCUAGUCUAGUUCAAUACACAUUUAGUAAAGAGACAACAUGUAAUUUAAACAAAAUUUUUUUUUUUUUUUUUAGACGAAGUCUCACUCUGUCACCCAGGCUGGAGUGCAAUGGUGCAAUCUCAGCUCACUGCAACCUCUGCUUCCCGGCUUCAAGCGAUUCUCCAGCCUCAGCCUCUUGAGUAGCUGGGACUAUAGGCCUGUGCCAUCACACCCGGCUAAUUUUUCUAUUUUUAGUAGAGAUGGGGUUUUGCCAUGUUGGCCAGGCUGGUCUCAAACUCCUGACCUCAGGUGAUCCACCCGCCUCAGCCUCCCAAAGUGCUGGGAUUACAGGUGUGAGCCACUGCGCCUGGCCUAAACAAACUUUUUGAAAAGCUGUUUCUAAAAGAUCCCUUAAAUUCAGAUAUGACAGCUAAUUACCUUAUCAUAAAUUACUUUUAUACUAAUUGUUUCCAGGGUUUUAGAGUAGUUGAAUGUUUAUUUCAUAAGGCACCCUAAAUUCUAUAGAAAUAAAACCUCAGAUGAGUCUCCUUCUUAGAGUGUUACAAUGAAUGGGAGUUUACAACUUUUAUGUGUCAUGUUGCCAACAGCUGUGUUUGGGGUGGUCACUGACAGGAGGGGACCAUAUCUCAGAAUGGCACAUUAUUUCUAUUUCACAAAUGAGCAAAUUGAGGCAUAGAGAGUUAGAUAACUUGCCCAGGUCACACAGAUUGUAAGUUGAUGAAGCUGGGAUUUGAAUCUUCACAUGUGUGUACUUACAAAUACAAAUGUAAGGAAAA